AUAUUUGAGUGUAGAUAACUUUUUUUUUCAUGCGAGAUCUGAAAUCGUUUAAUUAAAAAAUACUUAGAUUUCAUUUAAAUUUUAUUCUGCGGUUUCACGUUGGACGUGUAAUCAGCCGCAGAGCUAUUUGAAUGGCCUAUACCGACUUUUGUACGUGAAUAUUGCCGCAACAAUGUUGGGAAAUCUGAGGUCCGUCGUCCGGAACUUUGCAAAUAUUACUAUUGCUGCUGAAAGACAUUUGCAUCCAACAAUACGUUCUAUUUGUUCUUUAAAUCAAUCACCUUUGGGUUCGCCAACAUUACCUAUUUCUAUUAAACUGCCUACAAUACCAACAAAAAAAAUUAUAGACAAGCCGAGUCCUUGUAUUCCUUUAAGAAUCCCUCGACCAACAAUAUCCAUUCCAUUGACUGAUCCGUUGGUGAAUAAUGAUAAUGAAAUUCAAGCAGCUCGACUGAUAGUAAUUCGCCGUAAGAAAAUGAAGAAACAUAAAUUGAGAAAGUUAAGAAAGCGCAUGAAGUAUGUGUGGGCCAAAGUUCGACAAAAGAGAGAAAUGAGAAAAGAAAAAGCUUUUCAAGCUGAACUAAUGGGACAGGUAAAAGAAGCUGAAAAGUUUAGUGCUGCUAAUUAUGUGCAAGAAAAAUUGAAUAUUGUUAAUAUGACAAUAUUACCAAAUAGAUGGAGAGGAAAACGAUUACCCGAAUUUGUUAUAAAAGAUUUAAUAGCCAAAGCUCAAGCUAAGAAACAAGCAAAAAUUGAAGCUGUAGAACGAAGAAAAAAAUUUUUGGCUUCUUAUAAGCCUGAUAAAUUUUAAGAUUGUAAGCGAUUUAAUACAAAAUAAUAGUACAAUAAUAUUGUAAGUUUGGGUAUUUGUUUUUAAUUAUAAUUCAUAUCUAAUA